AUGACCGCCACCAAAUCUCAAUACCCUCCCAGCACGAAAACGGAGGGACUCCCAUACUACACCCCGGCCAACAACCCCGGAGCCGCCCUGAAUCCCCAAGAACCGAACACGCCCACAUUGUUUCGUCCCCUUCAAAUUCGCGAUGUAAUUCUGAAGAACCGAGUGGCUGUCGCGCCCAUGUGCAUGUUCUCAUGCGAGUCUGACCCUACCUCGCCCGCUGUCGGCGCUCUGACGGAUUUCCAUGUGGCGCAUCUCGGGCAUUUCGCUACCAAAGGCGUGGGACUAGUGAUGAUUGAGGCGACAGCAGUCCAAGCCACCGGGAGAAUUUCUCCAAAUGACUCCGGACUAUGGCAAGAAGGAACGGAUUCUGAACAAUACAAAGGACUGCGCCGAGUGGUGAAUUUUGUGCACAGCCAGGGAGCAAAGAUUGGUGUACAGCUCACCCAUGCUGGACGGAAGGCAAGUAUCACCACACCGUGGCUGGUGGAGAUAGGAAGCAGUUCCAGAGCCGACGAGAGUGUCGGUGGCUGGCCAUCAGAUGUGGUAGCCCCUACAGGAGGAGAGGAGUUCAAAUGGGCUCCUGGUGACAAGAAAUUCUGGGCUCCGAGGGAGAUUAAUGUGUCUGAGAUAAACGAGCUUAUCCAGGCUUUUGCGCGAAGUGCGAAGCUAGCUAUACAAGCUGGAGUCGACGUGAUCGAAGUUCACGCUGCCCAUGGCUAUCUGUUGCAUGAAUUUCUGAGCCCAGUAACCAAUAGACGGAAUGAUCACUAUGGAGGCAGUUUUGAGAACCGUACACGCAUUAUCCAUGAAGUCACCACUGCUAUUCGUGCUGCUAUACCGGUUGGCACCCCUCUGUUUCUUCGCAUCAGUGGUUCCGAAUGGCUGGAAGAGUGCCCCGUUGCAGCAGAGACCGGAAGCUGGGAUCUCUCUUCAUCGAUACGACUUGCGAAGCUUUUGCCGCAGUUCGGUGUCGAUCUCGUCGAUGUUAGCUCCGGAGGAAACCACAAGGACCAGAGGAUCCAGCCCCAUUCCAACUAUCAGGUUGACUUCGCUGCCCGGAUUCGCAGAGAGAUCCGUGCCUGUCGCCAGACGACUUUAGUAGGAGCAGUCGGGCUGAUCACUGAGGCUGAGGCUGCGCGUGAUAUUGUUCAAGGGGCGGACGAGGUGUUUUCCAAUGAUCAGGAGCCGAAAGCUGAUGUUAUUCUCAUGGCCCGCCAGUUCCUUAGAGAACCUGGAUGGGUCUUUGCGGCAGCAAAGAAACUCAAUGUUCCGGUAUCGAUCACGAAUCAGUUUAGCCGAGGUCUACUCUGA